CUCCACAGCGACACAGUUUUCGGCUUCUGCUUCAACAUGAAAACUGCUUCUUUCAUCACUGGACUUGUGUUUAUUUGCUGCAAGUUCACAGAAAGGACUACAGCUGAAGGUCAACUGGAAGGAUUUGUGGAGACUCUUGUGCAGUCUGAGUGUCGGGACCGUUACCUGUGGAUCCAGGUGGCCUCAGUGCAGACGCCUCGCUUCGAGGCUGUAGUAGAUGGAAAUGGUGUCCACUCAAUCAGCGAGCAGCUCGCCUCGCACUGUGGUUAUACCAUAAGCACCUUCAAGAUGGACGGCUUCACCACCUUUAGAGCUUCAUACUACUCCUGCUUCACCCACAACCAGGACGACGAGGUGUUCACCUUCAGGUUUAACGUGAUAGUGAGUAAUGGUGGUGAUGAGUGGAUCAGCCGACCUGUCUCUGCGGCUUGUUCUGGUCUGAUCUGGACUCACAGAGAGAUCAUCUGUGAGGAGGACUACAUGGAGGUGAAUGUAAACAGAGCGUCUUCAUGUGGAGGUCAGUGGGGGCAGAGUGGACAGGCAUGGCAGACCGCCUUCUCUCAGGCUCAGAAGAUGGCGAGUUCAGUCUGGCAGCUGAUGUUCCUGCAGGAUGAUGGACAGGUUUCCUCAAUGUCCAUCAAUGAGGCCCAGGCACAGGGCUACAGCCUGACUACGUCCGCCAAGAGGGUGGUGCUUCGUUCCCGGUACAAACAGCCGCAUGCCAAGAUCAUCAUGGUGGACGGCAUCCCCGUGGAGGUGGUCCGAGUUUCUCUGUUCUUUAAAAGGCAGCUGAUGGUGAUGAUGAUCGACAUGUCCAUGGCCUGCACAGUCAGUACGUUCUCUUCCAGAUACACAGGAAGAUGGUUUCUGUCUGAACGGUACACGGUGCCGAUGAAGUUUCUUGAUCCUACUUCAGAUUCAGGUUCUUUUGACGGCGAGAGGCUACUCUGGGACAUCCCCUUGGUCAUGACUCCUCUGGUCCAGGAGCAUGCACGGUUUGAAAGUCGGAGCCUCAGCAUGGGGGUGGAGGGUGUACUGCUGGACGAAUCCACCGCCACCGCCAGAGGAUUUAGUCUGGUCCAACGAGCGAGACUGGUCCAGAUCAGGGUUCUUUUUGGGGCGGAGGGUGGCUACCGGAAGAGUUUGGUGGUGAACAACACGUACAGGGAGCUGUAUGUCGUCUUCCUGCUGUACGAACACAUCUUCUCUCUGCUGUAUGAAGACGGCAGCAGCAUCGACACCAGACAUCGAAUGCUCAGAGUCCUCGACACGCCGCUGCUCUGCCAUCCGCCCUUCAGCCUUGACCAGACCAUCAGUGACGACCAGGUGUUCAGCAUCUACCUGGGGAACAUUCCCACUGAUGUUAUUUUAGAGGAAGUGAGGAUCAACAGGAAGCACUUGAUGAUGGCAGACGCCAUUGAACGAGGUGUCAGCAUCAGUCCCGUCAUUCAUAUUAAUGGCAGCAGAGCCUACGAGCUGCGGCUGCCCUUCCAGGAUGCUGCUGUCCAUUGGACGUACCUGGGUGGAGGUGUAGUGCAGUACUCCAUAGAUAUAAACUUCACUUUAACCAUCUUGCCCCAGAGGGACUCCUACUACCACCAAACAUUCCUCACAGCACAAGUAUUCAAUGCAUUUCCCCCAGAGAUCACAGCUCAGUGUUCAGACAGAGGAAUCGCCUUCAGCGUGGUCAGACUGCCUCGAGCCGAGAGUCUCUGGGAGGUGGGCAUUGACCACGAGCCUCUGACUUCACAGCUGGUGGCCGAGAGAGGGUAUCGCCUCCAUAACGACACCCUCAAAACCACCCUGGAAAUCCCUAUGUUCUCCAUCGGGUACACCUACGAGGGCAUCAACUUGUCAAACUUUUAUGGAACAUUUAAGCUCCUUCUAAGAGACUCCAAAACUCUGGAGGUCCAGACGUCCACGUCCAAACGCUGCCUCUUCAGAACACAGGACAUGACAGUCUGUUCUGCAGAUGGGAUCGUGGCGGUGGUGGUGACUCUGACAUCCACCUGGCCCACGGUGCAGCCUGAAACAACCAGUCUGCUGGACCCCACUUGUAGACCCAAACAGACUGAUGGAUCCAGAGUCCUGUUUGAGUUUAAGGUGGACUCCUGUGGAACCAGACUCAUGGUCGGGGAGUCCUACAUGGUUUAUGAGAACGAGAUCCUCCAUGACAGACUGAUCACAGAUGGACCAAACUUCAUCUCCAGAGAAUCUCAGUUCAAGUUGACUGUGAGGUGCUUCUAUCCACUGAGUGGAGUCAGCAGACUUUCUGUGGACAGGAUAUUCAGAUCAGAGAUUCCUGGAUUUGGUUCAGUCAAAGUCUUCGAGAGCCUCAAAGAUUCAGCAAAUGAAGUACCUGCUCAGGACUGUUCACGGCACCUUUCCGGAAAUGCCAUCAAGACUCCAACUAACCACGUCCAGCAAACCCCCACAGCAGGUGGAGUUCUGCCUCACCCUGCCAUCAGGCCUCUGCCCAAACCUGGACCCAGCCACUUCAUUACAGUACCAGGAGAAUACAACAAGCUGGUCUCCUCCCAAGACUUCCUGACUCUUCAAAUCCCAAAUCUUUCUCCUGAACCUCAAACUGUUGGUAUCCACCGAGUCCAUCAGCAGGUUUCAUCUCAUCCUGGUCAUGCUAAGUCCCAGACAAAAGACCAAACUUUAUUCAGCCCCCUUUCCAGCAUUUCUCCCAGAUAUGGCCAGAUACCAGGCAGCAGCAUCCAGCUGUCAAACCUCAACACACCAAACUUUGACUCUGUAGAUGUGAGAGGUGAACAGCCAGGACUGGCAGAUGAUACCUCAGUCUUGGAUUCUUCCAGCAACACCCCUGAUUCUCCUGUUGCUGAACAACAAGAAAGUAUCGGGGGAAGCCCUGGUCAGACUGGUCUGAAGAGUUUAGGCGACCACGUGUGGCACUCUGGCCUGAUGGUGGACCAGUAUCACCCAGUCCUUCAACCACCAGCUCAGUAUAUCCCAGAACACAUCAGCAUAGCAAGCGGCAAAUUACUCCUGCCCAGCAGACACAAGAAAUAUGUUCCUGCUGAUACCAAACACAAACAUACUAUCCCCGGCUCGCCUGGAGAAACGCAGGAGUCUGUCAGUGAUGAACCAACAUCUAUUGCUGCCAGCCAAGUCUACCAAAACCUGGAGAGAACGGGGUCCAUUGAAAAGAGGAAUACUGAAACUGUUCAACUCGGAGUGAAAAACAUCAGAGUCAAACCUCUGAGCAAAUUUGUGCCUUCUGGACAUAAUCUGAACCACAAACCUGCUGUCAAACAAGCAAACUCGCAGAUCUCUAACCCCUCCCAGUAUGGCACUGGCCUGACAUCUAUCAGCAAUGACUGGAACCACUGGACCUCCCAACAGCUUCAAGACCCCAGAGGCUCCAACACAAGACAGGAACUACCUGUAAAAACAGGUAAGCAGACACAAGGUGUUCACGGUGUCCGAGUCAAACUGCAUGAAUCAGGAGCGAUCCACCUCGCUGAUCUAUCCCCAGACCAGCAGGGACAUCAGCAGGGACUGAUCCAGUCAGUGGCUGAGACAGGAAACACUGGGGGACAGGAAUCUGCUUCAGCUCUGAGAAAUGUCCUUCAACCAACAGCUACGUCUCACAUCAGAGUCAGACUUGUUCAAGGUUUCUCUGGAGGAAUCCAGACUAAUGACCAGUCCAGACUACAAAACCUCCAGAACUCAGACUCUGUCACCAGAGGAGGAAUAAGCAGGCCGUCCAACCUCAGCUUCACGCUGCAGAAAAUCUCAAAGACUCCUGUCAACACGAGAGCAUAUAAACCCACAGAGCCCAACACACACAGUAACGAGGGCCUGAAUCCCACUGCAGGAGGAGCUGGGUUCACUGGGUCUCACACAACUCCGAAAGGUUCUGGUAGUUUAGGUUACGAACUGAAGAGCCUCACCAGGUCAAACUGUGGCAGUCAGUAUGGAUCCAGUGUUCACCAAGGCAUCAGGAGAGGGAAACAGAUCAGCUGAUGAAGACCAGAAACGGCUUCUGUUUACGAUGCAGUUCAAUAAAGGUUCAGUUUGUUCACAAUCAGCUGUUUGUUGCU